CCGUCGUCGUCGUCGGUCCUCGCGCGACGGCAGACGGCCGACCGCCUCAGUACGAGGUGGCCCCCGCGACUGUACGGGACGACGGCACGUUGCGGCAUCGUCGUUCCGGCAACAACGACGACGACGACGACGACGACGACGGUGACGGCGACGGCGACGACGACAACAACAACGACGACGACGACGACGACGACGGUGGUGGCAACGAUCACGAAAACGACGAUACGCCGAUCCGCUUCAACCCCGGCUCGUCGUCCCGCGUUCUGUCUCGCUCACCCCCUCCGCGACCGGUAACUGCGCUCCCCGUCACGCGAAGCCGUUACUCCCUGUCUGUCCUCUUCGUCGCCGGUUCGGCCGACUGGUAUCCCACGGCCACCGGUCGCUCGCGCUGAACGCCGGUUUCCUAUAAUGAGGUAGUCGCGGCCGCUUUGGGUUCCCUCGGAAUCGGAAGAUCUGUUCGGUGAGGAAAGUGCCCGUAAAGGACCGUGCUGAUCCCCGCGAUCGGUCCCGGUGCCGUGGGCGCAGGAGGAAGGCGAGCGGGGAGGGUGGAAACGAAGAAACCACGCAGGCAGGGAAGCAGCGGGCUCGGUGAGUUGGGUGAAAAUCGAUGGCCAUCAGCGCCCAUGGGCGGCCUCGCGUUUAGGACAAGGAAUAGCCCCUCCCAGAAGACCUCGCUCCGGUGGGGCGACUGCUGCCCCCCGAAUCCCAACCCAGCGUCGUCGGCCGUCUGGAAGCACCGUCAUCAGGAAAUGCCGCCGGUGCCCGUGUGAGGCUGCCCCCCGCUGUUGCGUGAUUGUACCUCGCGGGGAUUUCAAAGACAUCCAGACGAUCCCAAAGCGGAUCAGCCGCCGAACUUCUCGGACCUACGUCUCCGUCAGCUCGAACAACUCACGUCGGUAGACCUCUAUUCCCCGAAAAUGAUUAACGUCGCCGGGGUGAUCUCUAUCAUUCUCUUCUACCUGCUGAUCCUGGGCGUGGGAAUAUGGGCGGCCAGGAAAAAGGAGGCGGGCAACGACUCCGAGGAGGAGGUCAUGCUGGCCGGCCGCUCGAUCGGGCUCUUCGUCGGGAUAUUCACGAUGACGGCGACCUGGGUCGGCGGCGGUUACAUCAACGGCACCGCCGAGGCAAUCUACACCAGGGGCCUGGUCUGGUGCCAGGCACCCUUCGGAUACGCCCUCAGCCUCGUUUUCGGUGGUAUUUUCUUCGCGAACAAGAUGCGACAGCAGGGGUACGUCACGAUGUUAGAUCCGCUUCAAGACGCGUUCGGGGAGCGUAUGGGCGGCCUCCUCUUUCUGCCUGCUUUGUGCGGCGAGGUUUUCUGGGCGGCGGGUAUCCUCGCGGCCCUCGGCGCCACGCUGGCGGUCAUCAUAAACAUGGACCAGGGCACCUCCGUCAUCCUAAGCGCCUGCAUCGCGGUUUUCUACACCCUCUUCGGCGGUCUCUACUCCGUCGCUUACACCGACGUCAUUCAGCUCUUCUGCAUAUUCAUCGGACUGUGGAUGUGUAUCCCGUUCGCUUGGGCCAAUCCGAUGGUACAAUCUCUUCAUUCCAUGGACGUUGAUUGGAUCGGCAAAGUAAAGUCCGAGGAGUACUGGUAUUAUUUGGAUUACGGUUUACUUUUGAUAUUUGGCGGUAUACCUUGGCAAGUGUACUUCCAACGCGUCCUCUCCUCGAAAACAGCGGGGAGAGCUCAAGUAUUGAGUUACGUUGCCGCUAUUGGUUGCAUCCUCAUGGCCAUUCCCCCCGUCUUGAUUGGAGCGAUCGCCAAAGCAACUCCUUGGAACGAGACGGGAUACACUGGCCCUUAUCCCUUCACGGAGGCGGAGACCAGCAUGAUUCUGCCGUUGGUCCUGCAAUACCUGACACCGGACUUCGUUUCCUUUUUCGGGCUGGGGGCGGUUUCGGCGGCGGUGAUGUCUUCUGCGGACAGCAGCAUCCUCUCUGCUAGUUCGAUGUUUGCUAGAAACAUUUACAAAUUGAUCUUCCGUCAGCGGGCGUCGGAGAUGGAGAUCAUCUGGAUAAUGCGAGCGGGGAUAGGCGUGGUCGGCGUGCUGAGCACUGUGAUGGCCCUCACGAUACCAUCGAUCUAUGGCCUCUGGUCGAUGUGCUCAGACUUGGUCUACGUGAUCCUGUUCCCACAGCUAUUAAUGGUGGUGCACUUCAAGGACUACUGCAACACCUACGGCAGCCUGUCAGCGUACAUAAUCGCCUUCGUGGUGCGCAUCAGCGGCGGCGAGCCGAUGCUAGGACUGCCACCGCUGAUUCGCUACCCGGGCUACGACGAGGAGAACAAGAUGCAAAUGUUCCCGUUCAGGACGCUGGCGAUGCUGAUGUCGCUGAUAACCCUGAUAGGGGUGUCGUGGGGCACGCAGUUCGUCUUCUUGACCGGGCGGCUCGCGCCGGGCUACGACGUCUUCAGGUGCGUGGUUAACAUCCCGGAGGACGUCGAGCGGGUGGGCCCGGACCCGGCCGAGGGCGAGCAGAUGGCGGUCCUAGCUGCGGGCGUCGGCAGGCUCUACGGCAGCAAGGACGAAUCGAACGGCCGAGUGAACCCUGCGCUCGAGCCGGACUACGACAUGGAGCCGGGAAGUACGAUGGUCGGAAAUACAACGUCGGACGGCGUCGUUGGCGGCGGCGGCGGCGGAGUCGGCAACGCCGGGGGAUACCUGGUGCCGCACGUGCCCGGCGGUGCGCCGUCCCGACAGCCGCAAUCCAGCACCGCGUUCUAACUCCUGGUUCCGUGAUCGGAUGCUGUGACCAACAAUAAGUGCGGCGGUGCGGGUCUCUGUCUUUCGUUUUCCUUCCACCCUCCCCUUCUGCUCUCUCUCUCCCUUCUCCGACUGUGCUCGUUACGUUCGGAAGUCGGUUGGCUUUCUUCUCCGGAACCUUGCCGCUUCUUCUUUCGACGGUACGUUUAAUUUCAUUAAAACCGACAGUGUCUCCUUGUUAACGUGACAUUUCUGUCAAACGCGAUACAAGUUCGCCCCAAAGUGCCGAGUCCCGAGGGGCUUUAUUUCGAUCAGCCGCGCGUUAAGUUCUUUCAUUCGCCAAAGACAUCGAUCAAAUAACAGUUGCUAAAGUAACUUCGAAGGGAGACCCUUGGGCAACGAUUAAUAUUAGAACGUCCGAUCGCGCGUUGUUUUGCAUCUUGAACUCUCAAAAUUGUGUUAGUUCGUCGACACGGGGCGCGUAAUAAUCGCAUAUAUUUAGAUAGCAUUGCUUCUUCUAAUCUAACGUGUCCCCGGAGGGAGACUGCGAAGAUAAUUAUCAUCGCAGACAAUCGGAAUUAUCAGCGGUACGGUAAAUUGCACGUUUCGGGUGGACGUUCUAGUGUUAACGGUUCAAUUCCAAUCUUUUCUCGGCCGGACAGUGUUACGUAAAAUCCAUCCCGUUUUUUCCAGUUCGCUUUUCCUUUCUUCUUACCCGCCCUACGACCACGGAGCUCCGAGAUGAGCCAACAAUGCGGUGGCCCUGCGGUAAGUCCGACACGAAGUCUCUUUCGUACUCGCAUAUCUGUGCAUGCGUGCGUGCGUGCGUGCGUGUAUGUGUGCGUCCGUGUGUGUUGUACGUUUGUCUCUUUGGGUGUGAGUGUGUGCGCGCACGUUUGCACGCUGCUGGUGCCCGUGUAACGAUCUGUACCUGCCCGCGCCCGCUCGCGUUCGUGUUCCCGUCGCCGCUCGGACAAAGCAAUAAACUGGGAAAAGGAGAAGAAGGGGGUGGGGAAGACAAAACAAAGGAGGAAGAAUAGGGCGGGACUGGGGGAACACGACGCGCGAGCGGCAAGGGGAUAAGCGUAGCGUUUCCAAACCGGAAGUCGGAGCUUCAGGCGUAUUGGGAUCGGGCGUCCCUACCCCCGCACCGCCAAUUAGGCCUAGUGAUUUCCUUGUUUUCUUUUUGGAGAGGUAUAUAUAUAUACAUAUAAAAUAAGUAUAUAUAUAGAUAAAAAUAAUAUAUACAGAAAAAAGAUAUUAUAUAUAUUUAGAGUUUAACAAAGAGCUGCUUGAGGGUGUUUCGAAAAUCACGAAUGAUCUGCCUGACGCGAGAGAGAAUCGCGAGGGUUCCUCAUUUCGGGAAUCGCUCGAUCGAUCGGCGCGCGUGGUUUUUCUCUAUUUCUCUCUCUUUCUUCGUUAGAUAUUAAUUAGAUCGAGCGGUCAAUGUGUUCGUAUGGGUCUUGUAUGCGGGGGGUCGCAGGCGUAUCGCGUACCUUUCUCUCGCGCGAUCCUGUGCGCGUGUGUCGAACGGACGAAGAAUCGGCCGUGAUCCCUGAUCAUUAAACUUUAGUUAUCGUUUAAGGAUUUCAGUCGGGCCGGAGCUUAAUGGACGUAAGAAUCGGAAAGCCCACGAAGUGAGAGACGACGAGAAGACGUAUGUGGUUGAAGCACCCUUCGUACUUUUAUUUUCGCCUUUCGUGCCGAAUGCGAUUAUCUGAAUCACAUCUAAACGUAAAUUGCUAUUUGAUUACUAGAGGCAAAUAUAAAAUGCAUUUUUCAAUAAAGACUCGAGAUAAAUAUCAAACACGUUUGGCAGGAACGCGCGUGCGAUAAAGGUACGCCCUGAAGAACCUCGCGAUUAAUAUUUAUCGUCAACCUAGAUAUCGAGAGAAUAAUAACUUAACAUUAAAAAUAUCGACGAUUUCCUUAACGGAUAAUAUCAUAUUUCCCAAAUGACAUAUCGAAAGAGCUCAACGAUCAUUUUUGUGAAAGAGAUAGAUUUUCUUCCACGAUUACUGCGUAAAAUAUUCUAAUAUCUUUCGGCAUUAAUAUCAUUCUCUCGAUAUUCUGGAUAUCUCUCGAUUUCGAUGAUAAAUAUCGAUCGAUCGGGCGCUACUUCGAUGCUAGAAGCGAAACCCCGUCCAUCCGGUAGUGUGCCGUCCUCCUAUCGUCUCUCUCUCUCUCUCUCUUUCUCUCUCACUGCAAUUAGUUUGCGCUAUAAUUAGUUAACAUGCGUCGAGUUAGGAGGAGAGGUAAAACGAAGCUUUUGUACUUGCGAUCGAUCGUUCUUCCCUCGCUUCGCCCAGUCGUACAGGACACACAUACAUGUUCAUCUACGUGAUAGCGUCGUUAGAACCGGGUGGCAUCGGAGGAAGAUGAUCUAGGACGGCCGCUCGUCGUAGAAUUUCAAGUUCCUUCGCGGCUCACGUGCGAGGCCAAUCUCGUUGUACCGAGCAUUAAAAAUAAAGUGGCUGUAUGCCAGAUUGAAAAUUUACUUUGCUUUUGAAAAACUUAAAGACGUCGGGUGUUUCUAUGUUUUGUACAAAAUAUGAUAUUGACAUGAAAAUGAGAAAAACGGUAUCGGGUUUCUACCCGAUAAAAUUCUUUUUAUAGGAAAUUAAUCGUAUAACGUUGCAUUAAAAUCUACAGAAAGUAAGACAUUUUUUAUAUAUUCAGAAAUUUUGAAUCAACUGUUGCUAUCUUAUUUGCUAUAUAACUAAUUAUUUAUAAUUAUUUAAUAUUUUUGUGCAUUUGUGUAAACAAAAUGGCUGAAUCUAAAUAACUCCCAGGAAUCGCCAGGUUUAUUAUAAUUAGUGCAAUUACAUUUAAGAAACUCUAAAAAUAUAUAUUAAUUUACUUGUCACGUUAUCUUCUAUUAUCUAGUCUAUUUUGCUUAGAAGGAAUUUCUUAGAUAUACGUUAACAAAACAUAUAACGUUAAACAAUACGAAAUGUUUUUCAUUUUAUUUUAUUGAUUAUCGCCGAUUAUACGACAUACCUGCGUUCUCCUUGCGAGCGCAGCUUUUUCGUCGCGUGCGACACGUGAAGGGCGGCAUCGUGCACCCCAUUCGUGCGUCAAACGUGAGCCGCAGAGCUUCAGGUCAGGCAGACCGUUCGUGGCGCAGGUCCGUUGUGUUUAUCAUAUAGUAUAUAAUAACAUAAAUGUAUGAUAUAAAAAUCAUGAGCGGUAAAUGCAGUAAGAAGCGAGAGAGAUGGGUGACGUGUAGUAGUGUUACGAGGAAAA